AGUAGGCCGCCAGCGACCUUAUAUCCACGACGAAAAAAUCCCGUAUAUAUUUUUUUGUAUAUUCAGGAUGAUAAAAAAUAUGUUUGAAAGCGAUUAAGAGUCGAGGGUUGUUGUAGUGAGAUAUUGAAGUGAUUAUCGGUGGGUUUUUGUGAGUUUUUGUGGAGAGAUUUUCCAUUAAAUCGGUUCGCGGAAUCCAGAGCAACUGGUGGGUGGUUUUAAAAUUUAUUUUUCUCAAACGUGGAAAAUGAAAACAUCGAUUUGGAGCUUCGUAGUGUUGUAUUUACAAAUGGAAGGUUUUUUAUGUAACAUCGAUCAUCUAGAGCUACUAAUGCCUCGUUAUGCUAUUAAAGGUGGAGACGUUAUUUUACGAUGUAACCAUAGCGUACCCCCGGAGCAAUUGUAUAAAGUAGAAUGGCGGAAAUCAGAUAACAAAAUCUUCCAGUAUAUUAAGGGUAGAAAACCACCUUUUCGAUAUUUUAGUAUACCCGGGGCAGAAUUAGCGAAAACAAACACCAGUGAUAAACAAAUUCAACUUUCGAAAUUGGAUUUUUCAGCCUCGGGAUCAUAUUCGUGCGUCGUGUCUAUGGAUACACCAAUCUUCACCAAAGAUUCUGAAAUGAAAGAUCUCACAAUCAUUGAACCUCAAAAUUACGAUCCAAAAAUAACUUUUAACAAAAAUACUUACGAAAUCGGGGAAAUACUAGAAGCGAAUUGUACUACAGCCCCAUCGAGACCUCCACCGCAUAUCACUUGGUUAAUUAACAAUGAAAAGGUACCGGAUAAGCUUACUAAAUCGUAUUCGAAUGGAAUGAUACACGGUUACGGAUAUUUCGAUCAGAAAGCUGUUUCUAUAAAACAAUUAUCAAUCGAAGUGUCAGAUUUACACGUCGGUGAUGAUGGACAACUAACUUUAACGUGUAUGUCCACCAUACCCGGAUACGUCAAUAGUUUGGAAAAUUACGCAGAUCUACGAACAGCUAUAGCACACAUCGACAUUGAACUAACAGAAGGUCCCGUAGGAGAGGCUAUUUCGAACAUGACACCGAACGCUACGUCUUGGAAGAUGUGUUUGAAUUUUUCAUUGUUUUCUUUAUCGUUGUUAGCAACUUCUCUGAUGUGAAUAAUCGAUAUUACUAAAGAAAGUUGAAGGAAGCUGAAAGAGUAGAAGAAAAAUGAGUUGGUUUUAUUCCAUUUUUUACGCCGUUGAGAAAACGAGUAGUGGCUAAAGUCUCAUUGUACUGAAAUCAUUCAUCUAUUUUCCAAAAAAAAAAAGAAAACGAUAUUUUAUGGCUCAAGCUUAUUAAAAUCAAUAUCAAGUAUAAGUUGAAUUUGUUAAUUAUUUUCGGAAAACCGUCCAAAAACGUUAAAUUAUGUUAUCUUGCACGAAUUUGGCGGUUUUCGUAAUUUCAAAUUAUGGCGACGGAAAUAGAAAACGUGCCGGAAACUUCGACAAAGAUUCGAUUUGCAAUUAAUGCUACAACAACUUUAUCUUUUGUUCGAUAUUUUAUUAUUGAAUGGUUUCUGCAUACGAAACAUUAGACACCACCGAAUUUAAAUCUACUGGUAAAACCUUUUAUAAUUUCAAUAUAUAAUUUAAUUAUAGCUCAAAUCGCGCUAAAGUAUUUAUUUUUUCAUGUGUGUAUGCUCAAAAUAAAUUUAUAUUACCGGUAGGUUUUAAAAAAUUUCAAACGUAUAUUUUGCUAUGUAUGAGAUAAGAUAAUUGAUUCAAAGUUUGUAAAUAAAGUCUUUUCGCAGUUAUUUUCACAUUACCGUAUAACGAAUCGGCUUUUGUAACUUGUCGCAGGGUAUAUUUACCGUGUUUUUGGUUUAAAACAAAAUAUGAAAACGUCUAACUUUAUCUAAAGAAGAAAUAUAUAAAUAUUUAUAUCACUCGAUACUUUUUUGUACUAAAUGGAUUACUAAGAAAUAUAUAAGAGCUUGUAUAUAAUAUAUGUGUGAAUUUAUGAUGAAGUUCGAUGGAAAGCACAUUUAAAUAUAAUUUAUUUAUAUCAAUUACGACACAGGAUUUUUUCAAAAACUAUUAGUUUUUUAGAAAUUGUCAUAAAAAAAAAAGAAUUUUGUUUCAAAAGUUCGAUUUUGAUCACUAAUAAAGUGAAUAUCAUCAUUGAUUUUUUUGUAAUUUUUACUGUACAGUUUCGACUCUAAUGAAAUGCCAAAUUCGGUUUUGUAUUUUAUUCUAAAGAUUAUUAGCUGCGCCAUCUAUUACGAGUACAUAUCUUUAAUAAUAAAGACAUCUACAAAACGGAAAGUUCGUAGCGUAUGACGUAUGAGGCGUCCUGUUUGAAAAUAUCUUUUCUUGGUUCUAGAAAUUUUUCUUUACUUCAAAAUAUAUUCAAUUGUAGAGAUUAUAUUCCAUUUCCGCUGAAAUUCUCGGCGUUACGUUUUUCCAAUACAAGUUGAAUGAUGUAGUAAGUCUGUUAAUAGAUGGCAGUAUCUAUUUUCAAAAAUUUAUAGGUUAUACUUUAGCUCUUCAUUUUUUCAGAAAGACUUUAAUUAUAACUCGAGAUAUUUUUAAACUGUAACUUUUUUAUUUUAUAUAUUUUAAAAUCCUGUGCAAUAUAUUUGAGUUUGCCAAUUUUAUUUUUAAUAAUUAGUUGUUAUAUAUUUUUUUAUUUAUAUUUUCUACACACACUGACUCACAAUCUUAUUGUUGCUGUUAAGAAAAUGUAUUUAUUCAGAAUAUAUAAACGAUAUAUUAUAUAUCUAUGUUAGCAUCAUAAGUAAUUUGAUGUUUUUGAAAAUGAAAACGGAGAUUUUAUAUUGAUAACGAUGUGGAUAUCUAUUAUCAUAUAUUAAUCGGUUUUUUUUUUCGUUAUUUAAGUAAUUUAAAUCGGUCAAUAUCUAAUAAAACUAAACAGGUUAAUGUAAUGCAAUCAAGUACUAUACGAAACAAUCAUUUUUAAAUGAAAAUUUCGUUUCUCCAUAGGUAUUUUUUUUUCAAAAAGGUGAUACGGUAAAAUUUUCACCAAUUAGGAAUUUAACCAAUAGUUAGUGAAAUAAGAUAUUUUAUAAUUAUUAUGUUAUAUGCUUGGCGGGGAUCAAUAAAUAUCGAAAGUAGUGGGUUUUCCAAUAAGAGGUGUUAUUUUGAUAUUCAAAGAAAAAUGCCAUUUUGUGAGAUAAAUGAUUGGAUGUUUAUUUCAUUAUAAAGAGGAAGGUAUGCCGUUGAUAAUGGAACACAACAUCAGCCAAAUGGCCGGCACGACUGCGCUUACAGGACCAUAUCCUUUUCAUGAAAUUUUCCGUAACCAAAUUGCAAAUCGGCUGCCCUAUGUCCUCGAUAGCCUCCCGAAUUCCAUCUUUGAGGUCUUGAAUCGAUGCUGGACUGUUGGCGUAGACCUUAUCUUUCUUUGUUGGCCCCAAAGGAAAAAGUCGCAAGGUGUUAAAUCACAAGAUCUCGGUGGCCAAUUGUGAUCACUUCUUCGAGAGAUAACACGGUCAGGAAAUUUUUCCCGUAAAAUAUCGAGAUAGUUUCGUUGCUUGUAUGGCACGUAGCGUCGUCUUGUUGAAAGUAAACGUUGUCCAAAUCAAUACCAUCCGAUUCCGGCCAUAAGAAAUCAUUAAUCAUCUCUCGUUAGCGCAAUCCAUUCACCGUAACUGUUGCUCCAGCCUCAUUUUCGAAAAAGUAAGGUCCAAUGACACAGCCAGACCAUAAACCGCACCAAACAGUCACGCGUUGAAGAUGGAGAGGAUUUUUAUCAAUAACUCUUGGGUUUUCCGAGCCCCAGAUUCGACAAUUUUGUUUAUUGACGUAACCACCAAGGUGGAAAUGGGCCUCAUCAGUUAAGAUGAUUUUUCGAUGAAAUUCCGAAGAAACGAUGUUGUUGAUGAUCGGCCGGCUUGAGUUUUUGUGUUAACUUGUGUUAUAGGCCUUAAGACUCAAGUCUUUAUGCAAAAUACGGUGUAAUGACGUUUCUGGAAUGGCUAAUUCCAAAGAACGACGAGGAAUGGACAAACCUGGGAUUUCUUCAACACUUUGGGCUACAGCAGCGAUAAUCUCAGUUGUUCUUGAGCGACGUGCACGGGUUUUAUUCUUCACAUCACUAACUUGUCCCAAUAGCUCAAAUUUUUCCACCAAUUUCUAUAUUGCGGUCCGAGAAGGUGCUUCACGUCGACCCAAAAAUGUUUUAGUUUUACGAACCGUCUCUGCCAAACUUUCACCAUUUUUAUAGUGAAUUUUAAUAAUUUCAUUGCGGUGUUGAAGCGUGUAUCGUUCCAUUUUCACUAAUGGCGUAGUUUCUACUUGUCAAAUGUCAAAAAAUGACAGCUUCAAAAGUGACAUUUACCGAAAUAGAGGGCUGUUCAAAAUAACACCUCUUAUUGGAAAACCCUUUAAAUGACAUAAGUUGCUUUUGUGGGAUCUGUCGAAACUUCUAAUUUCUUAUACAGUAUUCUUUUGAAAUUUUUUCCAUUAUAUCAUUAUAUAAAAUCGUUUAUAAAAUAAUCUUGUUGUCACUAAUAAGUGGAAUAAACAAACUUUUAAACAUAUCAUUUUAAGCAAUAUUUCAUUAUUGUUUAAAUAUACUGAAAAAAGUACCUAUGAAUUUGGACAAGGCCCUUUUAUUUCUGUCAUUUUUACAUAUCGCUAGAAUUUAAAAAACAGUAAAAAAGAGUAUGUACUGUGAACGGCAAAUAUAUAUAUGUAUAUAGGGUUUUCCAAAAGUUCCAGGACGGAAUCGUGAGUUUCAAGCGAAAUUUGAAAAUUAUACGGUUUAAAUUUUGAGUUCUGACAUAGCGAUUACAUAAAAUCGAAAAUUAAAAACAAAACUAGAACAAAAGUCUCAGUUAUUGUAAUUAUUAUAUAGCGAAAGUGACAUUUUCAGAUACACAUUUUUCUUGAUUUCGCAAUGAUAAAUAGUUGACACCCUUUGUAGCAUGUUCUUAUUAAGAUCGCGGUUUUUGAAGAACAUUCAUAAAUUUCCGAAAUGUUAUUGGUUAUCAUUGAAAUAUUCUGUACUUAAUACUAGUGUCUGAUUUCAAUCAUCAAAUCUGUUUUACAACAAUUUGAAACUUAUAAUUCACUUCUUGUUGGGAAGCCCUGUAAAUAUCAAAUUAUAUUUUUUAAGCUUCUACUUAUUAGGAUGAGUACGAAAUUAAAAUAAAUUGAUUCUUAUGAAGUUAAUAGGUAUUAAAUACAGCAGACAUAUAUGUAUAAAUCAAAUUACAUAUACGGAUAUUUAAUAUCAUUUUGUACUCACUUCUACAAUUAAAAGACCAUAGGAAAUUGUAAACCGAUAUGAAUUAGAUUUUUUUAGUACAUUUUGUACGAUAAAUUGGAAAGAAAAAAAACUAAUUCAUAUUAUUUGGUAGAUUCAAAAACCAAAAAUAAUUAUUUGGUGUACUUAAAAAUUAUCAACGAUACGUUUAAUUUUAAUCUAACUUAUUUGAUAUGUAUGUGUUCAUUAUAUGAAAUUAAUUACUAGAAGAAUCAUUCAAAGUUUUUUUGUUAAAUUUUGAUUGGAGCGAAGAAUAUUGAUAAAAGAGUUAUUGAGAAAAAAUCGUGGACUACAUAACGAUGAAAAAUUAUAUUUACGAAGAAAAUUACUGCUCAAUAGCAAACAAAAAUAACAGCUAAGACAUUACGAACCUUAUUCUAGAAUAUACAGUGCUUU